UUUUUAUAAUUAUGAGGUAAAAGAAAAUGAAAUAUUGAUAUAUUACGAAUUUGACGCCACCUAUAUUAAGAUUUUAGAGGGAUUUCUGUCAGUGUUUCAGUUCUGUCAAAAUGGCGCUCAAGGCACAAGUCGGUCAAAAAAUAAUGAAUGAAGUAAUCAAGCAGAAGAAUAAAAAACCAGCUGCUGGUGGUGCUAAUGUAGAAUGGAGAAUUCUCGUGGUAGAUCAAUUGGCUAUGAGAAUGGUCUCUGCGUGUUGUAAAAUGCACGAUAUAAGUGCACAAGGAAUUACACUAGUAGAAGAUAUCAAUAAGAAACGAGAGCCCCUGCCAUCAAUGGAAGCUAUUUAUCUUAUUACUCCUUGCAAUGGCUCGGUGCAAAAACUUAUUGACGACUUUAGUAAUCCAUCGAGAACUAUUUAUAAAGCUGCUCACGUAUAUUUUACUGAAGCAUGUCCCGAAGAUUUAUUUAAAACUUUAGGCCAGUCAAUGGUAAAAAAAUAUAUUAAAACUUUAAAGGAAAUCAACAUUGCAUUUAUACCGUAUGAAGAGCAGGUUUUCUCACUGGAUUCACGCGAAACGUUCCAAUGCUUUUACAGUCCUUCAUUUAUAAAUGUACGAAAUGCUAAUAUGGAACGUAGUGCUGAACAAAUAGCAACACUUUGUGCUACUCUUGGUGAAUAUCCAUCAGUAAGAUAUCGAAGUGACUUUGAUCGAAAUGUGGAACUUGCGCAAAUGAUACAACAAAAAUUAGAUGCAUACAAAGCGGAUGAACCAACAAUGGGUGAAGGUCCUGAAAAAUCACGCUCUCAAUUAUUGAUUCUUGAUCGUGGAUUCGAUUGCGUUUCUCCUUUACUGCAUGAACUUACGUUACAAGCAAUGGCCUACGAUUUACUUGAUAUUGAAAAUGAUGUUUAUAGCUAUGAAGCAUCAGCAGGUCAGGGUGAAAAAGAAGUUUUGCUUGACGAAAAUGAUGAAUUGUGGGUGGAAUUGAGGCAUCAACACAUUGCAGUUGUAUCUCAAAAUGUGACGAAAAAUCUUAAGAAAUUUACCGAGUCAAAGAGAAUGCCGCAAGGAGACAAACAAAGUAUGAGAGAUCUUUCACAAAUGAUUAAAAAAAUGCCUCAGUAUCAGAAGGAAUUAAGUAAAUAUGCAACUCACUUACAUUUGGCUGAAGAUUGUAUGAAACGUUAUCAGGGAAAUGUUGAUAAACUUUGUAAAGUCGAGCAGGAUUUGGCCAUGGGUACAGAUGCUGAAGGAGAACGUAUUAAAGAUCAUAUGCGCAAUGUUACUCCAAUUCUUUUGGAUCAAACUAUUGACGGUACUGAUAAAUUACGAACUAUUGCAUUGUAUGUAUUAAAUAAAGCUGGAAUUACUGAAGAAAAUCUUAAUCGCUUAAUACAUCAUGCUCAAAUAUCUCCAGACGAUAAACAAACUAUCUUGAACUUGGCUAAUUUGGGAGUCAAUGUUGAUGGUAAAGGACGUAAACAAUAUGUGGUUACGCGUAAAGAAAGAAUUACUGAACAAACAUAUCAAAUGAGUCGUUGGACACCAAUUGUCAAAGAUCUUAUGGAGGAUGCUAUUGAAGAUAGAUUAGAUACUAAGCAUUUUCCAUUUUUAGCUGGUCGUGCUGUUAGUUCUGGAUAUCAUGCACCAACAAGUGCACGUUAUGGGCAUUGGCAUAAAGAUAAAGGACAACAAACAGUUAAAAAUGUACCACGUUUAAUUGUUUUUAUUGUCGGCGGCGUAUGUUUCUCUGAAAUUCGUUGUGCAUAUGAAGUAACGAAUGCUAUGAAAAAUUGGGAAGUUAUAAUUGGAUCAUCUCACAUUAUUACACCAAAAUCUUUCCUAUCGGAUUUGAGUAAAAUUCACAUUUAAAUCUUAUCGACUGAUUUCAUAUAAAAUUUCAUGAUGGGAUAAAUUACACAUUAUCUAUUAUUAAUUUAAAUAGAAUCAGUAAUUAGGAAUAUUAAUUGAACUUUUAAUUUAUCAUAGAAUUAUUAUAAAAGGGAGCUAUUAAAAUAUCGACUGUGGAAUCGAAAAAAUGGUCAGAUUGUCAACUAAUGUGCUAAGUGCCUGCAAGAAAAAAUUUAAAAGUUCUUUAAUAUUAUUACUGAUGCCAUUUACAAUUAAUAGUAUUUAUAUAUAUUCAACAAAAUGGUAAUUCUUAUAAUAAGCAAUAGAAAAAAUAAAAUUAAACAAAAGGUAAAAAAAAAAUUAUUCGCGUUCAAUAAAUCUAAAACUCAAAAUUUAUUUUAGUCAAGAACGUGAUAAAUGUAUAAAAAUUAGGUACUGUUGUUUAUAUUUGUGUGCUCUCGUUCUCAUAUAUGUUUUCAAAAAUAUGUACGUAUAAGUAGAAAGAAAGGAGAUAAGAAAAAACAAGUUAAAUAAUCAUAAAAUAUAUUAUUUCAAUAUUAAGAUUAAAAACAGUAAAAAUGAUGAGUGCGAAUGUAAUCUCUGGCAGAUCCUAAUUACGGUAAAUUACGAUAAUGACCGUAAUUUACGGUGUUCGGAAGAACUACGAUAGUAUUUCGCGGUAAAAUUGCGGUAAUUUACCACAAGUAUACGGCAAGUCUGCGGUACAAGUACAGCAUGCUGAGAAAACUUGCAGUAAUUUACGACAUUGUGCUAAAAAAGCGGCAAUUUGACCGUAAAAAUGACGUCAUGUAUCGUAAGCCUGCGGUAAAAUGUGGUAUUUUACGGUAAGUGAAGUAGUUUAUAAUAAAAGUUGCCGUUUUUUACUGCAAUUCGUCUUGAAAUUCCAUAAAUUACCUAUAUUGCUGUAAAUUACCAUAAAUUGCCGUAGCAAUAUCGUAGUUUACGGUAAAUUAUCGUAAUUUAUGAUAAAGACCGUAAUUCGGAUCCGCCAGGGUAUUAAUACAUCAAAGAGUUAGAAUAUCUAUAAAAUAAAUCAAAUUUUACGACUUAAAUUAUUAUAAAUCUUCAAAAUCAUCGACUACCUUUUUUUUCACCAAAGAUUUAAAUUUAUAAGCUUAUGAUUUUUAGAUUCAGUAAUAGCUAAAAAUAAAUAAUUAUUUUGAAAGUAAAAUUAAACUUGCCAACAAUAAAUAAAUUUAUAUCGAUAUUAGAUUUUUGAAAUUAAUUGAUAAUUAAUUUAAGUAAUUGUUAAAAUAAUAAAUAUUUAAAUAAAUACAUAACCAUUCCGUUAAAGCACUCAUCACAUUAAUGAAAAGUAAUUAUAUAUGUAUACUAUAAACUUAAAAAGAUAAUAACUAUAUUUUUAAUUUAUAAAAAAUUUACUGGUAAUUAUUAUGCAUUGUCUUUAGAAUCAUUAGGUCGCUUUAAAUCUGUGUAUAUUUGUCUAAGGUAUGAGACCCAAUUAUUGCCAGGGUACCAAUUGUUGACAAUUUUAUUUAAUUAUUGACUUAAGACUGGGCUGUACUCAACAAAUUAUCAAAUUUUUCAAGCUUCCGGCAAAAUGCAUAAGACGAACGUCCUCGGAAUUUUUGUUAGUUCUUCGGACCCUUAACUUCUGUCAAUAUUUCUAUUAAAUUUAUAAUACAAUCCCAUGUAGCACACUUGGCUUUGUGACAUCUAUCAGACAAAAGUUCUUUUAACUAUGGAUAAGACACCAAAAUGUUGACGAAAAAAUCAGAAAUUGAUAUAAAAAAAAAUGUCUGCUUAAAAAACUAGACACAAGCAGCGGCAAAAAGCUGAUGACAUAAAUAUCAAACGAAUCAUCUGAUCUGUUAAUUUAGAUGACAUUUUUCAGAUGGAAAAAAAUAAGAAUUUUUAUGACUCCUGCACAGUAAAAAUUAUUUAAAAAACGAAAGUGAAAUCGAAAUUUUAUAAAUGUCAAUUCAACUUAUAAAUUUUAAUUAUUGAUAUAUAUUAAAUUUACCAUUUACUAAAAGCUUAAAUUUUUAUAAUUUUCAUAAAAAAAAAUUUAGUUAUAAUUUCGAAUUAUUUCAUGUAAUGUUAGAAUUAUUUUUCGCUAAAUAAAAAAGUGUUUUUGAUUUUAUAAAAGAAAUUAACAAUCAAAAAUAGUUAAAUGUUACAUAAUAAUUGAAUAUUCAUGGUACAAAAAUAAAAUGUAAAAGUUGAAUUUUUUUUGUGUCGCCACAUAUAUUCAAAAAGUAUUGAAUUUACUUCUCGUAUUAUCCGAAUUUUGUAUCGAGAUUUUUACACAAAUUGUGUUAAAUAAUAACAAAAAUAUUGUGUAGGACCAACAUUUUUAUAUCUUAUUUAUACAAAAAUACUUGGCUUUGACAUAAAAUAAAAUUUGUCUUGUCCUUUUCAAGACAUCUUAUAUUUUAAAACUGUCUGCUACUUGGGAUUGAAAAUAUAAAUUUUUUUAAAGGGCAAUGUACCCCCCAAUUUCGCGCCAAAUUUUUGAUGCAAAAGUAUGGCUAUAAUACUGAAAGUAAUUGUUUGAAACUUUACAGACUAAUUAUUUAGGUGAUGAUCUACUGCAAGGAACUUUUUUUUUUUAUAAACAAAAAAAAUCAUAGAUUUAUUAUCAACAGGAAUCUAUAAUGAAAAUUAUUAAGUUUUUAUCAAUAAUCCGUUAACGAAACGGUUAACAAGAAGUUCUAUGCAGUAGCUACUAUCGAAACCUACUAUGGUAUGAGUACUAUGUACGUUCGAAUGCACAGCAGAUGAAAAAUGAUUAAAUAGCGCGAAAACUACGAAUUCAAUGUAAAUUAUUUAGCAUGUCAAUAAUUGGUACCUUUCAGUAAUUAUAUAAAAUGUUCUAUAUUUAUGUAAAGAUUUUAUUUAUCAACAGUAAUAAUUAUUGAUUAACUUGGUAGGAAUAUCAAAAAAUAAAAUGAUGUUAAAAAAAAUGUAUUUAUUAUUAUUAUUAAAUUAUAAUGUCUAUCGUAAUUAGUGUCAAUAAUCAGGGCUUUUACCAUAUUUUUAAUUUUAUUGUUAUUUAAAAAUAUAAAUAUCAAAAGACAUAUAUCUUCGUUGAAUAGCAGUAGUUAACAAUUAUUAUUAUUAGCAAAAAAUGCAAUUUAUGGUAUUUAUAUAAAAAGUUACAAGUGUGCAAACGUAUGUCAUGUGUGUGUGAAUGUGUUGUUUAUCCAAAGAAAGUUAUUUGCUUAUAAAGGCCUACAUCAUAUUGCAGAAUUUAAAAUCAGAUUAUUAAUUAAUGUGUAUGUUGUUAAAAACAAAAAACAAUUAUUGUUUCCAUAGAAUAACAUUAUGCAGUCAUUAUACAAUAAAUUAAGAGCAUUCUCAGGCAGUGUUUCUCGCCCCACUUUUUAAAAAUCCUUAUUCUUUCAACUGUCAUGAUAUUCAAAUUUUAUUAGUUAAUUCAAAAGAAAUUAAAGCGCCAAUUAAACAGAGGACAUUUGUCGCCGUCGAGAUUUAAAAAAAAAAUUACUGACAGUUGUUAUCAAAUGAUCCUGAAUAUAAUUGUCUGUUAAAUUCAGGAUCAUAAGUCAGUAGACAGUUAACAAUUUUCGGAUUUUUUUUUUUACGAAUCAAUGACAAAAAAUUUUUAGAAAAUAAAAAAAAAUAGAGGUACAAUUUUUUUUUGUAUUUAAAAGUUAUUGAAUAUUUUUAAAAAGUCGGAGGGGGUACUGUCUGAGAAUAUCCUCAACUAAUAAUAAUAAUAAAUAAUAAUGAAAUCAAUAAAAUGAAUAUUAUAAUACUACUGUAAAUAAUUUCAAUUAAAUCUGUUCCUAAUUAUA